AGUAAACCACGCCCAAUAAACGAAAUCAGCAUAAGGUGAGCUGACAACAGCGCUAGAAGCCAGACCGCUCGGCAAUGAGCAAGCGGACGGCGAAGGUCGUCACGGUCGGCGACGGAGGAUGCGGCAAGAGUUCACUUCUCGUCCGUUUCUGUAAAGACGAGUUCUUGCAUACAUAUGAGCCGACCAUGUUCGAAAACUAUGUGGCCGAGAUUGAAUUCCGGCCUCAAUACAACAUGGAGCUGACGCUGUUCGACACGGCAGGUCACACUGCAUAUGACCGCUUACGCCCACUCUCCUAUCCUGACUGCGACGUGGUUCUCGUCUGUUUCGACUUGAGUCAACCCGGUGGGAUAAAGGAAGUCGAGGCAAAGUGGAUUCCCGAGCUCGACAAGUUCUGUCCGCACGUGCCGUUUAUUCUCGUUGGCUGUAAGGUCGAUGCACGACACCUCGAGGCAGUGGUUGUUGAAGACACGGAUGGACAACAGAAGGCGCUCAAUGAACGGGAGGUAGCCAAACUAGCGGAGAGUCUAGGGGCGUAUGCAUACAUCGAAUGCUCUGCUCGAGUGCCUCAUCACAUACUCGAUGUCUUCGCAUUGACUGCUGAAGCAUCGAAUAUAAAGCGAAGAAAGAAAGUACAUCGAUCAUCGAGUCAGAGGAAAAGCAAACGAAAGAGAACGAGACGAAGCAAGAGCAGUAACUCGUGUGUUCUCAUGUAAUAAAUAACCUGUACAAGUCAGUCGUGUUUAGACAUCAUUCAUAGUGAAUGAUUAAUUUUGUAAGACCAGAGAGCCCGUCAAUUCACUGGGACUCAUCACUAGUCACUAGUAUUAGUGUACAUACAGAGAUGUAAAUAGAAGGACAAAUAUGCCAUAGAAAAACAGGAAAUAGAUGUUGUCAUUACUGA